GGAGCGGAAGCCGGACGGCAGGGACUGAGCCACAUGGCGGCCCCGGAGCGACCGGGCCUUACGCCCAGCGCAUCAAACCGGACGGUGGCUGCCGAGGUGCGGAAGCAGGUGUCCCGGGAGCACGGCGGGUCCCCCCAGCUCUCCAAGAAGCGCAGCGGGUCCCAGCAGUUGGUGCCGUUGACGGAGGUGGUGGAGCCAGUAGACUUUGAGGAGUACCUGGCUGCCCACCCCCCCGAGCUGGAGCCUGGCCCACUCCAUGACCUGGUCGAGUUCCCUGCCGAUGACGUGGAGGUGGUCCGGGAGCCACGGGAAUGCCGCACGCUGGAACCGGGGGUGCCCGACGAGGGGAAGCUGGAUGCCCGGGUGCGGGACACGGUGCAGCUCUACACGGAGGACUGGGUCGUGGUGCGGAGGAAGUACCAGCAGCUCAGCACCAUGUACAGCCCCAACACGGCCGAGCGGCAGCGCCAGAGACGGAGGGGGCUGCCCCGGCAGGUCUUCGAGCAGGACGAGGCCGUGGAGGAGCCGGAGGAGCUGAAGCGCCGCUCGGCCUCCCUGGAUGACACACCCCGGGGCAGCUGGGCUUCCAGCGUCUUCGACCUGAAGAACUCAGUGGCCGACCCACUGCUGCCGGGCCUGCUGGAGCACACGGCCAUGGAGGAGCUCGACCACUGUAACGAGGAGCUGCGCAAGGAGAACCGGCACCCGGAGCUCCUGGCGCUCUUCCCCGCCCCCGACGAGGACGAGGUGGUGGAGCGCUGCAGCCUGCCCGAGGUCCCCCGGGAGCACUUCGGCCAGCGGAUCCUGGUGAAGUGCCUGUCUCUCAAGUUUGAGAUCGAGAUCGAGCCCAUCUUCGGGACACUCGCCCUGUAUGACAGCAAGGAAAAGAGAAAGAUCUCGGAGAACUUCUACUUUGACCUCAACUCGGAGCAGGUGAAGGGACUGCUGCGGGCGCCCGGCGGCCACCCUGCCAUCUCCACGCUGGCGCGCUCCGCCAUCUUCUCCAUCACCUACCCCUCCCCUGACAUAUUCCUGGUCAUCAAGCUGGAGAAGGUGCUGCAGCAGGGGGACAUCAGCGACUGCUGUGAGCCCUAUAUGGUCAUGAAGGAGACAGACGCAGUCAAGAACAAGGAGAAGCUGGAGAAGCUGCGCGGGGCGGCGGAGCAGUUCUGCAGCCGUCUGGGCCGAUACCGCAUGCCCUUCGCCUGGACGGCCAUCCACCUCCUGAACAUCAUCAGCACCGCUGGGUCCCUGGAGCACGACCCCACCGAUGCCGAGAGCGAGCGUCGGGGCACCUGGAACGAGCGCAAGAGGAGGACGCUGGAGCGCAUGAGCGCCGGGGAGGAGCUGUGCAGCUUCGCCGGCUUCCGCCCCGCCACCCUCACCGUCACCAACUUCUUCAAACAGGAGGGCGACCGGCUGAGUGCUGAGGACCUGUACAAGUUCCUGGCGGACAUGAGGCGUCCGACCUCGCUGCUGCGCCGGCUGCGGCCCAUCACAGCUCAGCUCAAGGUGGACAUCUCGCCGGCGCCCGAGAGCCCCCACUACUGCCUCUCCCCAGAGCUGCUGCACGUCAAGCCCUACCCGGACCCCCGGGUGCGGCCCACCAAGGAGAUCCUGGAGUUCCCGGCCCGGGAGGUGUAUGUCCCCCACACCACCUACAGGAACCUGCUCUACGUCUACCCCCAGAGCCUGAACUUCAGCAGCCGCCAGGGCUCCGUGCGCAACAUCGCCGUGAAAGUGCGGUUCAUGGCGGGCGAGGACCCCAGCCAGGCCCUGCCAGUGAUAUUCGGCAAGUCGAGCUGCAGCGAGUUUACGAAAGAGGCUUACACGGCCGUGGUGUAUCACAACAGGUGCCCCGAGUUCUACGAGGAGUUCAAGCUGCAGCUCCCGCCCACCCUGACGGACAAUCACCACCUGCUCUUCACCUUCUCCCACAUCAGCUGCCAGCCGAAGCAGAACGCGCCGCUGGAGACGCCCGUCGGCUACACGUGGGUCCCGCUGUUGCAGCACGGCCGCCUGCGGACAGGGCCCCUCUGCCUGCCUGUGUCGGUGGAGAAGCCCCCACCCAGCUACUCCGUGCUCACCCCCGACGUGCAGCUCCCCGGCAUGAAGUGGGUUGAUAACCACAAAGGGGUGUUUCACGUGGAGCUGCUGGCCGUGUCCUCAGUGCACACGCAGGACCCUGCCCUGGAUAAGUUCUUCACGCUGGGCCACGUGCUGGAGGAGGGGCACUUCCCGGUGCGGCUGCGGGACGCCGUGCUGACCGAGGGCAGCGUGGAGGGGGAGCUGCGGGCCAGCGUGGCCGGGCUACGGGGGGCUGGGCUGGGGCCACUGCUUGCCCACUGCCACCGGGUCCUGGACAAGCUGCUGCUGCUCAUCGCCCGCCCGCCCGUCAUCGGCGGCCAGAUCGUCAACCUGGGCCGUGCCGCCUUUGAGGCCAUGGCCAUCAUGGUGAACCAGAUCCACCGGGGCCUGGAGGCCAGCCAGGGCCAGCACGGCCACAACCCGCUGCUGGCCGCCUGCGUCCACUUCGCCUUCCGCCUGCCUGCCGAGACACCACCAGCGGGGAACGAGGCCGGGAUGCCACCCCAGGGGGCUGCCAUCCAAUGUGCCACCCUGUCCCGCGCCACCGGCCGCCCCGCCAGCCUCAACCUGUCGCGCUCCAAGAGCAUCAGCAACAGCAACCCCGACCUGGCCACCGUGCCCGGCUCCCCCGACGACGAGGUCCAGAAGAUCCUGGGCAGCAAAGGGAUCGACCGCUCGCACUCCUGGGUGAACUCGGCCUACGCCCCCGGUGGGCCCAAGGCCGUGCUCCGCCGGAACCCGCCCAGCUCCAGCGCCGACCUCAAACAGUUGCUGCACGAGGAGCUGGCCCUGCAGUGGGUGGUGAGCACCAGCACCGUGCGUGAGGCCGUGAUACGCCAGGCCUGGUUCUUCUUCCGGCUGCUGGGGAAGAGCAUGGCGCUGCACCUGCACCAGGCCGAGAAGCUGGAGGCGCCGCGCCGGCUGCGCUUCCCCAGCCGCUUCGUGGACGACAUCGCCGCCCUGGUAGGCGCCGUCAGCAUCGAGAUCGCCAGCCGCUACCAGAAGGAUGUGGAGCUGGUGGAGCGCCUCAACAGCAGCCUGGCCUUCUUCCUCAACGACCUGCUCUCCCUGAUGGACCGCGGCUUCGUCUUCAGCCUCAUCCGCCUCUACUACAAGCAGAUUGGUAACCGACUGCCAAGCGCCCAGAACCCCCCCGCCCUGGUGGCGCUGCGCGUGGAUUUCCUGCGUAUCGUCUGCAGCCAUGAACACUACGUCAGCCUGAACCUGCCCUGGCACAGCCUCUCGCCGCCCGCCUCCCCCUCGCCCUCCGUGUCCUCCGCCACCUCCCAGGGCUCGGCCUUCUCCAGCCCAGCACAGGACCAGCGGGUGGCCGGCAUGUUCGAGCUGUCCGUGCCCUACCGCCGGCAGCACUUCCUGGUGGGGCUGGUGCUCACGGAGCUGGCGCUCAUCCUGGAGCCGGACGCCGAAGGCGUUUUCUUCCUGCACAAGAAGGUCAUCAGCGCCCUGCACAACCUGCUGUGCAGCCACGACGCCGACACCCGCUACGCCACCCCCCCCGUCCGCGCCCACGUGGCCCAGCUCUACCUGCCCCUGCUCAGCAUCGUCCUGGAUGCCCUGCCACAGCUCUACGACUUCACCGAGAACCACAGUCCGCGUGGGCGCCUGGUCACCGUGCUGGGGGACGAAGGAGACAGCGACAGCAGCACCAUCAGCCAGUCGGUGGCCAUGGCCAUCGCCGGCUCCCCCCUGCCCCACGCCCACCGGGCCAGCCCCUUCCCGCCGCCGGCAGCCCCCCCCCGCCCGAGCGGCACUCUGUCGGCGGAGGCGAGCCGCACCCUGCUGGCCUGCCUGCUGUGGGUGCUGAAGAACGGGGACGCGGGGGCACUGCACAGCUGGUGUGCGGAGCUGCCCCCCCUGCACCUCGGCCGCCUCCUCGACCUGCUCUACCUCUGCGUGGCCUGCUUCGAGUACAAGGGCAGGAAGGCCUUCGAGCACAUCAGCAGCCUGGCCUUCAAGAGGUCGCUGGACAUGAAGGCGCGGCUGGAGGAGGCGAUUCUGGGCACUGUCGGCGCGCGCCAGGAGAUGGUGCGGCGCAGCAGGGAGCGCAGCCCCCUGGGGGGCCAGGAGAGUGUCCGCUGGAGGAAGAACCUCACCCACUGGCGCCCGAACUCCGACAAGGUGGACAAGAGCCGGGAGGAGGUGGAGCAGGAGGUGCUGGUGGAGGGAAACCUGGCGACCGAGGCCAACCUGGUGGUGCUGGACACGCUGGAGAUCAUUGUCCAGACGGUGCUGCUGGCGGAGGCCAAGGAGAGCAUGCUGGACGGGGUGCUGCGGGUGCUGCUGCAUAGCAUGGCCUGCACGCCCAGCGCCCUCUUCCUGCAGCACUGCUUCGCCUCCCAGAGGGCACUGGUGAGCAAGUUCCCAGAGAUGCUGUUCGAGGAGGACACGGAGCUCUGUGGCGACCUGUGUCUGCGGCUCCUGGGGCACUGCAGCAGUCGGGUGGCUGCCAUCCGCGCCCAUGCCAGCGCCUCCCUCUAUCUGCUCAUGCGCCAGAACUUCGAGAUUGGCCACAACUUUGCCCGUGUGAAGAUGCAGGUGACCAUGUCUCUGUCCUCACUCGUCGGGACUUCAUCCAACUUCAACGAGGAGCAUCUCCGGCGCUCGCUGAAAACCAUCCUGACCUACGCCGAGGAGGACGCCGGGCUGCGGGACAGCAGCUUCUCUGAGCAGGUGCAGGACCUCGUCUUCAACCUGCACAUGAUCCUCACCGACACCGUCAAGAUGAAGGAGCAUCAGGAGGAUCCGGAGAUGCUGAUAGACCUGAUGUACAGGAUCGCCAAGGGCUACCAGAACUCCCCAGACUUGCGGCUGACGUGGCUGCAGAACAUGGCAGCCAAGCACUCGUCGCAGGGGAAUCACGCCGAGGCGGCGCAGUGCAUGGUGCACGCGGCUGCGCUGGUGGCUGAGUACCUGAGCAUGCUGGAGGACUCCCGCCACCUGCCCGUGGGCUGUGUCUCCUUCCAGGUUAUCUCGUCCAACGUGCUGGAGGAGUCGGCCGUCUCGGAUGACGUGCUGUCCCCAGACGAGGAGGGGAUCUGCUCCGGGAAGUUCUUCACCGAGCUGGGGCUGGUGGGCCUGCUGGAGCAGGCGGCUGCCUUCUUCACCAUGGUGAGUGCCCAGGGAACGGCCCUACUGCCGCCGCUGGCCGAGGGAGGGAGCCUGCCUGGCGGGGCCCUGGAAUGGGGAGGGGGCUGUGCGGGGCUUGGCAGGGGGUGUCUGGGCCUGGGGGAGCCGGGCAGGGGCAGACCCUGGCCUCUACGGUCCCUGCCCCCUUUGCUCAUGUGCCUAGGGGGCUGCGACCCCUGUCUGACCCCCUCCCAGGGUGGGCUGUACGAGGCAGUGAACCAAGUGUACAAGAUCCUCAUCCCCAUCCACGAGGCCAACCGGGAGUUCAAGAAGCUGGCGGCUCUGCACGGCAAGCUGCAGGAUGCCUUCAGCAAGAUCAGCAGCCAGAGUGCUGGCUGGGAGCGCAUGUUCGGGACGUAUUUCCGGGUCGGGUUUUACGGCAGCAAGUUCGGGGACCUGGAUGAGCAGGAGUUUGUGUAUAAAGAACCGUCGAUCACCAAGCUGGCCGAGAUCUCCCACCGGCUGGAGGAGUUCUACGCCGAGCGCUUCGGGGACGACCUGGUCGAGAUCAUCAAAGACUCGAACCCUGUGGACAAGGGCAAGCUGGACCCCAACAAGGCCUACAUCCAGCUGACCUAUGUGGAGCCGUUCUUUGACACCUACGAGCUGAAGGAGCGAGUCACCUACUUUGAGAAGAACUACAGCCUGCGCACCUUCCUCUUCUGCACACCCUUCACGCGGGACGGGCGGGCGCACGGGGAGCUGCACGAGCAGCACAAGCGCAAGACUCUGCUCACUACCUCGCACGCCUUCCCCUACAUCAGAACCCGCCUGCCCGUCGUUCACAAGGAGGAGAUCAUCCUGACCCCUAUCGAGGUGGCCAUCGAGGACAUGCAGAAGAAGAUGCAGGAAUUGGCCUUCGCCACCCACCAGGACCCAGCUGACGCCAAGAUGCUGCAGAUGGUGCUGCAGGGCUGCGUGGGCACCACCGUCAACCAGGGCCCGCUGGAGGUGGCCCAGGUGUUCCUGGCCGAGAUCCCAGACGACCCCCGGCUCUACCGGCACCACAACAAGCUGCGUCUCUGCUUCAGGGACUUCACCAAACGGUGCGAAGACGCCCUGCGUAAGAACAAGUCGCUGAUCGGGCCGGACCAGCGCGAGUAUCACCGGGAGCUGGAACGCAACUACCUGCGCCUCCGGGAGUCGCUGCACCCCCUGCUGAGCCGCCGGAUCCCCCAGCUCUAUGCCCCCCUCGUCCCGCGCUCCACCCACCGGUGAGCCCCCCAGCGCCAGGCCAGGUCAUUCCCAGCCACAAUACACACAGGACCAGAGGAGAAACUGAGGCAGAGAAGAGCCGGGACUUGCCCAGGGUCACACACGGAAUCCUGUGGCAGAAUGAGGAAUGGGACCCAGGAGUCCUGGCUCUCACCACUCCACCCCACUCCCUUUCCUGAGCUGGGAAUCCAGGACUGGCUUGUUCCCUGGGGUCUCUCCACAGCCGGCAGUUUCCGGGGUCCCACACCCACUGGGUAGGGGGCGGAUUUGCCACUUGUUAAUUUCACCCAUUGGAUUAAUUGGAGGGUCCCGUCCCCCUUGAAACUCUCUGAACGGGUCAAGUUUCCACAAGCUCAAGGUGCUAGGAGGAGCCAGCGGGAUCCCUGAGGACCCGGGGUCAGCUGCGUCCGCUCUUCCAGCCCGGGCCGGGGGGCAAGACGUCCCUCCCAGCCUCCAGAGUGCCUUGCUGAGCCCCCCACGUGGAGCCGGUCCAACCAGCCUCCCCCGGGGUCCAGGCCCACUCUCAAACCCUGCCCCUGGGGGGAGACCACUCCGCUCUGUAUGUUUCUUUUCUCACCCGGAGGAGCCCCCCUUCCCCCGGCUCUGCAAUCUCUUCCCUUGACCGCCCUGGCGGAAGGGAGGUCUGGGACGUUCAUUAACCCAGGGGUGGAAGGAGCAGGGCUGGGGGGCUGAGCUGGUUAAAGUGGGGGGAACAUGGGUAGGCUGUUUGAAGUGAGUUGAGGGGGGCUGGUGUAUUGGCAGCGGGGCGGGCAGUGCCCCUAGCAAAGGGGUACAGAGAUUUGGGGGGGGAGUGCCAGCCAUGGGCCCCUCCACUAGCUCCCACUCCAGGCCUCCACAUGUGGGGCAGGCAGGGGAUUCCCCAGGCCUGCAGUGUCAGUGCCAGCCCCCCACACCCCCCAGCAGCAGCCAGAUGUACCCUGGGGGGCCCAAGAGUGGCCGUCGUGGGGCCCUGCUGCCUCCUUCAACUGCGCCACGGCCCGGGGGGGGAGCCCAGGCCUUCCCUGUCCCCCUCCAAUCACAGCUGCCCCCCGUCUGUUACCCCCACCCCCACCCUCUUCACUGUCUGAGCCACCAGCGUUAACCCCAAACUGGAACCCCCCCCCAUGCACCCAAUUGAAUUUGUCUCCUGCCUUGUUCCGGGCCAGAACAGGGGUGCGUGGUCUCCCCUCAGCAUCCUCCCCAGCCCAGGCCCGUCCCCCCGUGUCUGGCCGGCUGGGGAGAGGCGCUGGCCAGGGGUUUAUUUAUAAAGUGAUUUAACAAUAAAACCAAAAACCUUUGGAUUGUUUGAAUUCCCGGGAGCCGAGUCUGGUUUGUGGGGCCGAGUGACAGCAGGGCCCUGGGGGGCAGAAGGGGGCUGGGCAGACCCCCCCACCUGCCAGCCCCUGUGCAGCCCCCCAGGAGCAUGGGGCCCCCCUCGGGCCAAGCGCUGGGCAGACAGUCCCUGCCUGAAGAGCUGACGCUCACCAAGGCUUUGGAGGGGAAACUGAGGCCCCAGCCUAUGGCAGAGCCAGGCCUCACCGCACACUCACUCCCUUUCCCUGGAGCACCGACCCCGCCCGCUUGUGGCAUCUAAUCUGGCCAGGCCCGUGCCAGCAUGUGCUGGGUGAUAGCGCCCAGCCCUGAUAGACCCAACGGCUGGUGCAGGG